CUAGUCGCGCUUAGAGACGAGUAGUCCCGUGCUCUAGUCUAGCCGGUGCCGGUCGGGGCAAGCCAGUGAGUCAUCGUCUCGCGACACGUCAACCCGUGGAUUAAUACGCGCUAUAUAACUGCGUCGCGUCGACCGCUCCGCUCAUUCUCGUCACGACAUGACUCCAAGCAUCACAGGCGCGACGCUGGCGGCGCUGCUGGCGGCCGUGCUGGCGGCGACGGCGCACUGCGCACCAUCUGGCGGCGCGCGCGGAACCACGAGCGGCCUGUCGGCUCACCCGCCGUGGCACAACCCGUGCGGCGUGCAGGGCAAGUCGGCGCACCGCCACAGCCGGAAGAACGACCCGCUGCAAGAGGCGCUCGACGACAUACUGCUGCAGUUCAAGACGACGCAAGGCGGGCUCAAGCAGCUCAGGCCCAGCAUCAACAAGCUUUACAAGGACGUGUCGAAGUUCAAGUCCCAACCCAUCAGUUGGCUGACGUUCAAGCACUUCGAGUGGUACAAGAAAGAACUUCGUGAGCUGCCGCUGAAAGAAAAAACGGCCAGGGUGCUGGCGGAGAUGCACACGGGCCUGCAGAAGAUGCUGGCCACCGUGGUGAGCGUGCAGAGGCUGGAGCACUUCGGCGAGCAGCUGGAGCCGCGCAGGAAGAUCUUCGCCGAGGUGCGCAUCGAGGUGAACAAGAUGCUGUGCGAGGCCGAGGCGGCGCUGCUGAGCCUGAACGCGUCGCUGCCGGAGCUGGUGUCGGACGACGACAUCUCGUGGGAGACGCACGACAAGGCGACGGACACGCAGCUGCUGGUGGACGACUGGCGGGUGCUGGACACGCUCACGCGCUCCGUGAAGCAGUGGCUGCGCGUGCUCAAGGACCUGCGGCGCAAGCCGCGGCGCGCCAACAGCGGCAACGCCGCCGCCGCCAGGGGCAACAGCGGCAACGCCGCGGCCGCCAGGGUCAACAAGGGCAAGGGAGCGAGGAACCCCCGCAAGCGCCGCGGGAAGCAGCCCGCGCGCCACUAGCGCCCGGCGGGCAGCCUGCAGACCAGGCGCGUCCACGCGACACCCCCCUUCUAGUCAAGCGAGUAUUGAAACAACCGUUCACCCCGCACAACCUUUCUUUUUUUAAAAAAAUUUUAAUUUAAUGUUUCGCCCAAGUGAAGAUAUAAUUUGAUAGCUAAAUUUAACUUUUCGAGUGUGAAAUCUCGAAAUCACGGGGGAAAUGGUAGCCAUCUUCGAUUUUUUGGUUUUUUGUAAUUGAGCCAUAAAAUUUAUUUUAAAUUUAUUAUUGAAUUAUUUGAUGUAAGAACAUAGUAUACGAUCCAUUUGAUCACUGCAAAUUAACGUUAGUAAACAGUUUGUAUUAUUUCUUCGUGUGAAACUAGGCGGCCAUAAAUUACUUACAUUUUAUGGAUGACUAGAUAAACCAAAUAUGACAAAAAUAUAAAUAUUAGCGGAAAAUGUACGCCCUAACCUGAGUGUAAACUAAAGGUUAUGGCUGUAAAUUUAUCCUAGAUAAAAGAUGGCGACCAAUUCUUCCGCUCGGGUGUUGCUAAAUAUACGCUGCCCCUGAUUCGUUGUACGUGUCCCUUGGCCACUGAAGGACUUCCUGUAAGCUGCAUCUCCCACGCCUCAGCUUCGGUGUGAACGCUCGAACAGUCAACGAGCCAACGAUCCAUUCGAAAGAACGCUUGUCGCAUAGAUACCAGUAUUCCCAACGAAGACUGACAUACCCUGUGCCUAAUGCCGACAGUGCUAGUCGACACUCUCAAAUUGUGAUCUAGCAUUUCUUCCAUUACAGCAAGUUCCUAUCUAUUGUACUAUAAUUUAUUAAUUAGUUUUUUUGUAAAUAUGUAUUUAUGAUGUACACAUGAUGUAAUGUGUAAGUGUUGUAUGUAUAUUUAUUUAUUAUUUUACAUUAUGCUGAAAGCUGUAUAUUGUAAGGAUUAAUAAUUUAUGUUUCUCUCAGAAACAAACUUGAGACAUUUUAGUAUUUUUGUACAUGAUAAUUGUGACUUAAUUUAUUAAAGCGAUCUGAAUUGUUAUGCAAACAAUGUAAUCGCUGGCGGCUCUGAAUAGUAGCAAAGUCUGAGAAAAGCAUAUAGCACAAAAAGAUAAAGUUUCUAAAAACUAACAAUAAAAAUCGAGUUUAAGACUUAUUUACUAUACCAAAUACUUAUUCAAAUAGUUCUCUCAUAUUUUUUUUAAAUUUUAUUUGAAUGGUUAAAUGGUUAAAUUGAAAGGUUAAAAUUUGGUUUUCAAUUUCAUAGUUCAGUUUCAAUCAAGUGGGAUGUCUAAUUUGUGUUCAUUCCAGACAGUAGAAAGUUACUUUGUAAAACUCUUAAUAUAAUGUUGAUUAUGAACAGUUCUUGCAAUGAAAUGAUUAUUAUUUACGCGCAGAUGUUUGUGUCGAAACCAAAUUAUUUUAUCAUUCCUGCUUUGCAUUUAUCUCGUGGAAAUCAGUCAGUAUCGUUGUUCAUAGGAUUUUGUUCAAUCAACAAACUUGGUAGCAUGAAUUAUAAAUUUGCUUACAACAAUUGAAUCUAUUGAAUAAACCAGUUAUUUUUCUGGUUUUAUGGAUCUUAAGGAUGUUCGGUAACUAAGCUUAUUAUUUUAAUAUCUAUGUAAAACAUUGAUCAAUUUGCUGUCGACUUAUUUGAUGUAAAAAGUCAACUUAUUAAACAAUAUGUAAAUAUUAAAUAAUGAGCUAAAUUUUAAAGAUCAUACUUAUGAGCUAAUGUUCUAAACUGGUACGUAAACAUAAUAUUUAUUUAAGUUACCAGACGUUGUCCAAUGUUGCGUGGAAUAUGCAAAACAGACAUCAAUUUUUAUUUCAGCCAGCGAAAGUAUUAACUAAAAGUACUUACUUCUCACAAGGCUACAAAAAACAUGAUUUAAAUCUAAGAGAUAUGUAAAAGUUAUUUAUUAUCUUGGUAUUUUUCAAUGUAUGCAAGAGCAUUUGAAUCAAAUUAAAAUGUUUUGGUCUCAUGUUCACAAAUAAUUUUUUUUGUGACCAGAUAGUAUUUGUUAUACAAAUAUAAGUAGGUAAGGAGAACAGUACUCCACAAACUGUAUCUUGUUCUUUACAUAAAUAUUCUUCACUUGAAGUAAAGGAAGGUAAUGUGGCUAAAUGUUAUACUAAGUUACUCUGAACUUCUCGACCAUGCUGAUGUACUGCUGUCUCCAUGAAUCUCAUGUAAUUGGUUAGCUCAUGUCAAUGUUGUAGAUCAAAUUAUUGAUGUUCAUGGUGUCAUAACCACAUUCCUAUUGAAGUGUGUGUAUAUAUUAAGUUAUUCCAUUAUUUAAUUUAUUGAUUUGUAUUUAUAUUUGAAUAGAAUUUUUAUGCAAUUGAUAUUUUAUAAAUAAAUAUUUGAUAUAAAAUA